UCGUGGUCGUGGCAGAUCACGUGGUUUUGUUUCGUCAUUCUGUUCAGACUCACGGUAGCAUGCAAGCGUACAAGGAAUCGACAGUUUUUGUUGAACCGUUUCAGUGAACAUUGUAUCUAUGAAUUUUUAUCAAUUUUAAAAUAAUUAGAAGUUUUACUUUGUAAUUUACAAUAAUGUUUUGAUUAUUACAAUCGAAUCAAACAAAAUUUAUUAUCGAAUAAUCGUGAUUGUGAAAUACGCAGUGUGUUCACGUGAUUGAAUAAUUCUGGCAAAAAAACAAAUAGUGACAACGAAUGAUUGCAAGGAAUAAUCCUUCCUAUUGAAUCUGCGUACGUUAUUCCGUAUCAAAUUUUACAAAAUGUUCGAAUCCUCGUUUCGAUGUUGGAUCAUUUUUGGAAUUGUUAUCGCGACAUGUUACGCGGAAAUUCGAUGUCCAACGGAGCAAAAUUGCAACUGCUAUCUAAGUCCUGAAGGAGUUUUUGAGAUACAAUGUCCAACGGAUAGUUAUUCGGCCUUCGUUGUGAAAGUCAAACUAAACGAACGUAUUGGGAUUGAAUGUGUAAAUUUUCCAAAAUGGAUUGACUUUCCAACGAAUGUGUUACCACCUGAAAAUGUAACUCUAUUGUAUUUCAAGAUGUGCGAAUUACCAAUAAACCAGACUUUAAGAGAGAUCUCGAAUAAACUCGGUGCUCAAAACAUAGAGAAACUGAUAUUCCAUUCAUAUGGCAAAUUAUCUGUUCUAAAUAGAAAGCAUCUACAAGGUUUUCCAAAUUUAGAAUAUCUAAGCCUGACGUGUAAUAACUUGACCAAUUUUAGCAAUGAUAUUUUCGCGGAUAUACCACGAUUGAAGAAUCUCAAUUUACGCCAAAACAAUAUUUAUACAUUAUCUGAAAUUUUCAAUUACAUACCCAAUUUAGAAAUACUUGAACUUGGUGAUAAUAAGUUGAAGGAAAUAGACGUGAACACAUUCAAACCAUUAAAAGAAUUAAAAAUGUUAAAUAUGUGGGGGAAUAAGUUCACAGAGUUCAAAUCGAAUAUAUUUGACAAUCUUGUGUCAUUAAAUUCCUUGGACGUGAGCAGCAAUCAUUUAAAUACUUUGCCUAAUGAUAUUUUCGCAAAAUUGGUAAAUUUAAAAUUAUUACAUUUGGCCUGGAAUAACUUUUCCUCGUUACCAGAAGGUCUACUACAGCACAAUGUUAAAUUAAACAAAGUAAAAUUAUCUAAUAAUAGAAUAAGCAUGAAAACAUUACCGAAUGGAUUGUUUGCGAAUUUGAAGAAUCUAAAAGAGAUAGAGUUAAAUAAUAAUGGUUUGAUAGAAUUGCCUGAUCUAUUUCAUGAUUCCAUAUCGCUUGAGAUCAUCGAUUUAUCUUUCAAUAAUCUUGAGUUUCUUCCUGAAUAUCUUUUUACGAAUUUGACGAAUUUAACAAAAUUAAUAAUUAAUAAUAACAAAUUGACAUCAUUGCCUGACAAAAUCUUCUCACCAUUGAAGAAAUUGAUUAUAUUAGAUUUGUCUCACAAUAAUCUUAUUUCAAUAUCUCGACAUCUUUUUAGUGAUUUAAUAUCACUUCAAAAUUUAAAUAUGGAAAAGAAUCAAUUAAAAAUUAUAGAAGAAACAAGUUUCAAUUUCUUAACCAAGCUACGCAUUGCAAAAUUUUCUAACAACCAACUUACAUUCAAUACUUCGAUAAAUAGCUAUAUUGAUGAAUAUGGAAGAAGAUCACCUUUUCAAAGUUGUUCAUCUCUAGAAGAAUUGUAUCUGGAUAAAAAUAAUAUUUCGGACAUAUUUGGUGAUUGGCUUGUAACUCAUGUAAAGCUGAAGAAAUUAAAUCUUCAAUUUAAUCAGAUACAAGAAAUAUCAAUCCGAGAUUUACAAUUUGUAUCAAAUUCAAUUGAAGUGAAUCUCACAAAUAAUAAAAUAAAACAUAUAAACUUGAGUGAAGCUAAGGAAAUUGCAAGAUUCCAACAAGAUUCUCGGAAUGUAAUGAUAUAUAUUGAGAAUAAUCCUAUCGAAUGUGACUGUGACAUAUUUGAUUUUCUUCUUUAUUUGGAAGGAAAAUUGGAUCCUAACGUUUACAGAUAUUUUCACAUCGUGCCAGGGUGUUUGACAUGUCAAAAUCCACAAAUGUUUAAAGGCAAAGAAAUAGUAAAAUUAGAAUCAAAGAAAUUUAUCUGUCAAAUAUCAAAUCCUUGUCCUAAUGAGUGCACAUGUUAUUCGCAACAAAGUAAUAGAGAAUUCACGAUAAAUUGUUCGCAAAAAAAUUUGACGAGCGUACCACAAAAUAUCGAAACAUUAUUAAAUUAUAAACUUGUGAUAGAUUUUACGGAUAAUAAAUUAAGCGAAAUGCCAUCUUUGACAGAAAUUGGUUUAGAUAACAUACAGAUAUCCAAGUUGCUAUUAUCAAACAAUGAUAUUCAUGAGAUAUCUGUGGAUGGAUUACAAUCGAACAUAGAGUUGGAGUUACACAACAAUAAUAUCAGUAAAUUAGAACCAAAUGUUUUACAAUUGCUAAACAAUAGUUCGUCGUUAACAUUGCAUGGAAAUCCAUGGAUAUGCGAUUGUGAUACAAGAGAUUUACUUAGCUUUAUACAAACGAAAAUUUCAGAUAUUCGUAAUUCUUCCCUAAUUACUUGCAAAGAUAUGGAUAUUUCGAUGAUAAAAAUGACAGCAGCAGAUUUCUGUCCUACUUACACUGCGUUAAUUAUAUCAUUAAGUUUUUCUUUAGCUGUCUCAGGUAUGAUAAUUGGUCUGCUAGCAGCAAUUUAUUAUAGAUAUCAACGAGAAAUUAAAGUUUGGCUGUAUGCACAUCAAUUUUGCUUAUGGUUAAUAACAGAAGAUGAAUUAGACAAAGAUAAAUUGUAUGAUGCAUUUAUAAGUUAUUCACAUAAAGAUGAAGAUUUUGUUGUGAAUGAGCUAGUUCCAAAGUUAGAAAAUGGACCUAAACCAUUCAAAUUGUGUCUGCAUUUUCGUGAUUGGCUAGCUGGAGAAUGGAUACCAACACAAAUUGCGCGUUCUGUUGAAGAAUCCAGGCGAACGAUAGUAGUUUUAUCACCCAAUUUCUUGGAAAGUGUUUGGGGACGAAUGGAAUUUAGAGUGGCACAUUGUCAAGCACUCAGUGAACGUAGAUCAAAAGUUAUUUUAAUUUUAUAUGAUGAAAUUGGUCCCAUUAAUAAUUUAGAUCCAGAACUCAAGGCAUAUAUGAGCAUGAAUACAUAUGUAAAAUGGGGUGAUCCUUGGUUUUGGGACAAAUUACGAUAUGCGUUACCACAUGCUGAAUUUACAAAGAAUGCUAUAAGAAAAAAAAUUUUUCAAAAACAUCAACCAUGUAUACAAAUUAAAGGCGAGAAGAAAGAGUUAAUUUAUCCAAUUGACACUUCUGAAACAUCCCCUGCAACAAGCACUCCGCCGACAGAUACUCUUAAAAUAUUUAUAUGUGAUAAGAACGACAGUGAUAAUAAAGAGAAUUCUCAAAAUCUUUCUUCAUCAGAUUGCAACACCAAACUUAUUCUUUCAAAGGAAGAAUUAGUAAAACAUAAUUUGGUUAAUAAAGUACAAUGUACUACCGUAUGACAAGAUCAUUAUAUAUAUAUAUAUGUAUAUAUAUAUAUAAUAUACGAAACAUUUGAAGAAUGUUUUGUUUAAACAAGUUUUGAAGUACUCAUUUUACAUUAAAAAAUGAAUUUAUUUAUAAUUUUAUUAAGUUCAUUCGAAAUUAAUACAUUCAUUAUCAUAUAAAAACCAAUUGUUACAAUUCAUUCAUUUUGCAAUUUAUAUAAUAAAAUAAUAAACAAAUUGAAUAUGUACCUAUGAUCAAGAUAUUCAAAGUAAAUAUUUCUAUUUAUAUGAUCAAAGAAUGGAAAACUAUUACUUUUAUACAGAGUCUCAUGGCGAAUAUUUAUUAUAUUUAUUUAAUGGUGAUAAUGAAUAUAUUAAUAAUUUUUUUAAAUAAAUAUUCAUGCUAAAUAAUAUAAUGCACAAACAUUUAUAAGUCAUUUUGGAUAUAUUAAAAUUAUAAAAAAUAUUUUAGUUGAUUAAAUUGCAAAUUAAUUAAUUUGUUUAGAUAACUUUAACUGAGAAAUUUUUAUUAUGCAAUUUUCUAUAUGAAUGAAUAUUGAUAAUAAUUCAAAAUUCUGUAUCAUUAUUAUUAAUUAUUUCAUUUACAGACUUAUAAAUUUGUUUUGUGAAUUUCUAAAUAUCAAUAUAAGUAGAUGUUAAAGACAAAUUAUAUUUACUGACUGAACAAACUUAUUGUUAAUUUUAAAAGAUAGAGAUUAUUGUAAAUAAGUAUUUUUAUAAGAAUUUUUACAUUUUGAAUAGAUUUUACUUCUAAUGUGUUCUUAUUAUUAUUAUUGAAAUAGAUAAUUAUCAUAUAAGCAAAAAAUUAAUAUUCAUUAGAUAUUUUUAAAAUUAUUUUUAAGAUAAAAUUUUUUUAUGUAUAUCAUUUAAAUUACAAUUUGUAUUUUAUAUAUACAUAUUCAUUAGUUAUGCAUAAAAAUUAUAAUAUUAAUUUUCAUUUAAUAUUUAUAAAUAAUCAUUGUAUUUAGUAUUUAUAAGAUUCAAAAUCAUAUUGCAUAAACGACAUAGGAGAUUUAAUUUAUACAUAUAUAAAAUCAAACUUAAUAGGAACAUAAAUCAAUUUUUAUUACCAUUUAUAUUAAUUUUCUAUGGAAAUUUAGAAUGACAUAUGAAUAUAUAUAUAUAUAUAUAUAUUAUAUUUUAAAUAUUCAUUAUUCAUAUUUUGUUUGCUCAAUUUUAUGAGCACAAUAAUUUUUUGGUUAUCAAGAAAUAAUAAAUAAAUUGUUCAUAUUUCAAUAAAGAACUAUAAUACUAACUGAUACUAAUUGAAAUUUUUGAUAAUAAAAAUAAAUAAUGAAUCUCGUUACAAAUUGUAAAUUUAUUAAUGACUUAAUGAAUUUUUAUUAUAUAAUAUUAAUAUAAUUAUUACUAAAUGAGUACCUGAAAUAAAUAUUAAUAUAAUUUUUCAUAAAUAUAUUUAAAAAUGAUAUAAUUUAAAUAAUUUUUUAUAUAAAACUACAUACAUAAUUAAAAUUACCUUUUCCUUUUCAUUUAAUCUUUAUAGUUAAUCUUUCUUUUUCUUUCUCAUACAAAAUUAAAAAAAAAUUUAAAAAUACAAAGAAUAUAGAUUUAAGAAAUUUUAAUUAUACGAAUAUUGGAUUAUUUUUUUUAUUCAUUAUAUAAAAUUAAUAACAUUAUAUAUAAUUUCUUUUUAUGAUGUAUAUAUUCAAGCAGUAACAAUAAACAUAAUAAAUGAAUG